UUUUGGCUACUACUCCAUUUUCAGAUUCCAAAUCAGUAGACAAUUCGGCUCCACACAUAUCGAGUGAACAAAAUUACCAUUUUUUUAAUUUUUUUUUAAAGUUCGAAAUUUUCUGUUGAACAAAAACAAAGUAUUUGCAAAUAUGGCCACAAAGACUUUAAAGUUGGGAUUCUUUUCCCAGGUUCAGCGAUUUUUUGGAUCGAAGCGUAUUCGAAGAAUCCACAAAUUGGCUCUAAGUCCCGACCAUCAGAGCCUUGAGCCAUACAAUCACGAUGGUCCCUUGCAACGCGUUCUCAAGCAGAUCCAACAAAGUCCAAGACCGUUAUAUCUGGGCUUUCACGAAGGACAGCGCAAGAGCGAAGCGAGGCCGAAGGCACGUGCAACACGCCAAGCAGCGUCUUCCAUAACGCUGUGUGCGGCACCACGGAAAAGUGCUUCGUCAACAACGCUCUGUGCGCCGAAGGUUCAAGGAACAGAGAGGUCAAGCAAUCAGCGCAGGUUGCCGCGCCCUAGGAGCUCUACAAGCACAGUGGAUGCGGCUCUUAAGGAUACCGAGUCCUCGAUUGCGCUCCGUACGUGCUCCUCUACGAUGCGGACAGUUGUGACUUCGCUGAAUGCUGGCAACAUGCAGGCCACACGCGACCAACUCAUGAAGAAGCUGCGGCGCAAGGAGCAGCGCCAGUGCGUUCCCCUGGAAAGCGCGGUGAGUGCCAUUCGGAUAAACAUCGGGGAAAAUGCCGGCAGAAGAUCCUGCCGUCGCAUUCGAGUCGAGUCGCCCAAGUCCCAAAAGGACGUGGCUCGCCGUCCGAGCAACACGAAACUCUUUUCCUCGAAUAGUCAGGUGUCGGUCAAGGCGUCUCAAUCGAGGAUGUACUCGGCUAAGCCAUCGCCAGCGAAGCACUGUGAAAAGGACCUUGGUGGCCAACCAGGUGUGGAUGUGAAGUUGGCAGUCAGUUGGUUCGGAAGGAUGGCCAACAAAGAUAUAAAUUUGGACAACUGCCGACCGCAGCAAACCGCCAGAGCGCCAUCCCCCACCAGGAGUGCUUCAGGCAGCCAAUACCCUUUGAAGAAGGUACCGUCCUCCGAAAAACGGGCCCAAAACGUAACCAAUCGGCCGCCCAAACAUUCCCGAUCUUUAUCGAUCUACAGUGGAAAACUGACGCCCAUGGAAGUACCAAUUAAGAAACCCAUCAGCAGGGAUCUCCAACAAACCUCCGAAAUGUCCUUCAAGCCAAACGAGAGUCCUGAUCUACUAUAUCCAUGGCAGAAUGGGGAGAUAGAUAGCGUGGAUUCGGGCAAACCGAUCCGGAUGGAAUUAUCUUCUAGCAGUUAUCCCUCCGAAAUGCAAGAAUUCCAGCCACAAGCGCCAAUUUCAUUACAGAACGAAGGGAAAUUGGAUUUGAAGAAGCCCAUCAAGAUGGAAUGCCCGCUUCAAAUACACCAUCGGGCGCCUAAGAUCCACAGAAAACCAUCAUCUAGCAGUGGUCCUACCAUAAAGAAAGAAUGCCAGCCUUCAACGUUAGGAGUAGUUUCUUUGCUGAGCAAGAGGAAAGUGAAUUUCGGUACCCCUAUACGGAUGGAAUCGCCAGUCCGGUUCGAAAAACCUUCGCAGAUGGAAGGCAAAACCAAAGAUGAUGAGAAGAAAACGCUACUACACGAGAUACUAUCUAGUACGGCUGCUAAACCUAAACUGCUCCGCAAAGAUCCUUGGCCAGAGGCAAAGAAAAGUCAACAAAAUGUGAGGGAACCUCUUGCAAGGGAUCCGCCCUGCACAGAUAUUUGCGAAACGGAAAGGAAAAGUCAACGAAAUGUCAUGGAACUUCUCAGAGAGAUCCCUAAUCGAACUCGAAUUUCGGGUGAAGACAGACGUCUAAGACACAUCCGUGAGAGUGUUUUGAUCGAGAAUCUUAUAGCCCGCAUCGAUAAGAUCCUCGCGUGCCCCGCCAGAAGUCAAGGAACUGCUGCCUCCAAAAAUCCCAUCGAAUCAGCCGAACUGCCUGCAAAAGCAAACGAGAAGCAUAACACCAAGUCCGCUUAUCUGAUGACAGUCAGAACAUUUGUCAAUCACUCCUACCUAGCACGCAAAAGACUGUCAAAGCUAUUCUGCCCGAGUGUCUCACGUAGGCCUGAUUUAAGUGUGGCCUUGAGCCCGUUGACUAAGAAAGAUUGUACAACUUCAGAUAAUGGGGCUGCUGAGAAGCUGAGAAACAUGUCAAUUUGUGAGCUGAUGAAGCCUUUCCAAAUAUUAGAAUCCAUGCACGAGACUAAUACAAUACUCCAGCAUGAUUCUCGGCAGAGUGAAAGGAAACUGGAUUUGGGGAAACCGUUCUGGAAGGACUAUUCAAUAUUCGAGAAACCGAUCCAGUUGCAGUCGCCUCUUGAGCUUUCAUUAGAGGAAUCGGCCUGGAAGGAAGAAGGUGCAUUCGAUUUGGCUGAAUUUCUUAAAAUCGAAUCGCAACUGAAGGCACUACUGGCAGAAUUCACCAAAGACGACAAUGAUAUUGAUCUUGCAGAACCUUUUGAAAUCGAGUCCCUAUUCCCUCCUGGCACAUUCGAGCAUGAUUUUUUGCGGAGCCCAUCUACAUGGGAUUCAGGGACAUCAAUGCCGAUCAGUAGUCCUUUUGCAAUGGAAUUCAGGCCACAAAUGACGACUGAAGCGUUGGAGCAAGUUUUAUUGCAGGCCGAAGGAAAAUUGGUUUUGGGGAAACCGAUCAAGAUGGCCAAUGCAACUCCUGUUCCAUCGAUAGCAGAACUGCUCUGCACGAAUUCUUUUCAAAAUUACAUUAAAGGCGAAUUCGAUCUGGCUGAAUAUCUCGAAAUAGAAAAUGCAAAAAUUCAGAAUGGAACUUCUUUCGAGAGAGUGGUACCAAUCGAGAUGGUUCCAGCACCUCUGAUGAUAGCCAGUAAAGCUCCUGAAUCUGAUCUGGCAGAUGAUGAGAAAACUAAAAUGGAUCUAGCUGAACUUCUGGAAACGGAAUCCAGGGUUCAGGAGACGCUCGAUAAAUUUGUCAAAGACAACAAGAAAAAACAUCUGGAUGACUUACUGGCAAUGCAAUCCAAGAGUCUGGAGACGGCUGCAGUUGCAUUUAUGCAAGAACAUUCUACUACUGUGGCAUCGGGCAAAGAAAUCCGAAUGGAAUCCCAAUCCCCGAUCAAGAUGACCAUUGAGACGCCUCAGACUGCCAGAGGGGAGUCCAAACCGCAGGAGACUCCUGUCAUAAACGAUGAAGUGCCUUUGAAAAUGAGUUCAAGCAAUCAGGAAGUCAAGCCAAAGACUGAUAUUAAGGAAAUCGCGACCACCUCGUUAUACGUAGCCUCCUUCCGCAAGGGAAAGCCAGAACACUGUUGGAAACUCUUUGAUACCGAAAGAAAACAAAAGAGAAUCUGGACCAAAAGGGCUAAGAAUGAUAAGGAAGGAAAUAAUCCUAGCUAUUCCAUGACAGUCCGAUCCAACCUCGCACUAAGCCUGGACAAUAAUGAUGGGAGCGAAUCUUAAGCUGGAAUCUUGUGGAAACCAACCAAAUUUUGCAUCUGUGGAUAGGAGAAACCCUACAAGACCCAUACCGAAGAGCAGAGUAUGUCCUGCUUCAGUUACCGCCAUGUUUCAAAACUGUUCCAAUUUUACUGUAAUGUAAAAAUGCUUCUGAUGAGACCACUCCUGUCAAUGCUGCUGCACAUUUUUGGGUACUCGUAUUUACUCGUCAAAAAGAAAACGGUGACCGAUUUGUCUGUGGAAUUGAACCGAAACUACAUUUUUAUUUAAACAAUAUAAAAUGCUGAACAAAGAAAAAAGA